AUGGCGGCGGCGCGGUGGCAGCAGCAGGGAGUGGAGCAGAAGCUGCGGUGCACCAAGGAGCCGUACGUCGAUGACGACGGCACUCACAGGAUAAAGAGCAUGCGGUUCAGCACCUUCUCCGGCGGCGAGGUCCGCAAGUCCGCGGAGGCGCAGGUCUAUAACGGCUGGAUCUACGACGAGAACCGCAAGCCCGCUCCCGGUGGUUUGCUCGACACGCGGAUGGGAGCUGCAAACAAGUUUGGGGAGUGCACAACUUGCCACUGUUCAUACACCGAGUGCCCGGGCCAUUUCGGUUACAUCAAGCUUGCGCUUCCGGUUUUCAACGUCGGAUUCUUCAACAGUAUCGUCAAUGUGUUGAAGUGCAUCUGCAAGCGCUGUAGCAGGAUUCUUCUUUCGGAGAAAGACCGCCAAGAGUUUCUGAAGAGGAUGAGGAAUCCGAGAGCAGAAGUACUGCACAAAAGCGCCAUCCUGAGUAAAGUUAGGGACAAAUGCAGGCCAUGCCGUUGCCACUGGUGUGGAUACAUGAAUGGUGUAACUAAGAAGGGGCCAAAGGACAGAGGAGGCUUGGCAAUUGUUCAUGACUGUAGCAAAACUUUGGACAGAACUACAGAAGAACUUCGGUCUGCUUUAUCACACAAGAAAGAAAAACUAUCCUUUCCUUCUGUUCACCUGUUAGACCCUCAAACCGUCCUCGCUCUUUUCACAAGAAUGACUGAUGAGGACUGUGAACUGCUGAACCUUGGUGACAGACCCGAGAAACUUAUCAUUACAGAGAUUGCAGUGCCACCUGUGCCCAUCCGUCCUUCUGUUUUUGUUGGUGGUAAUAAAAUGAGCAAUGAAGAUAGUAUUACUUGCAUAUUGAAGAACAUUGUUGCUGCAAAUCACAUAAUUAAAGAGGCCCUUAAAAAAGGCGAAUCACCCGUGAAUUGCUUUAAUUCCUGGCAAGACCUUCAACUCCAAGUUAUUGAAUAUAUCAAUAGUGAUGCCCCCUCUCUUUCUGAUUCACAACAUCGUGGCCUUAUGCAAAGACUCAAAGGAAAGACAGGUCGAUUUCGUGGGAACUUGUCUGGGAAACGUACUGAGUACACUGGGAGGACUGUCAUAUCUCCUGACCCAAAUUUGAGAAUAACAGAGGUGGCUAUUCCUGUUUUGAUGGCUCAAGUCUUGACUUAUCCUGAACGAGUUUCAUAUCAUAACAUAGAGAAGCUGCGUCAAUGUAUACGAAAUGGACCAAAUAAACAUCCAGGGGCAAAUUUUAUAAUACAAUCUGAUGGAACAAAGCUGCACUUAAAGUACGCUGAUAGAAGGAUCGCCGCACAGGAUUUGAAGUAUGGCUGUAUAGUCGAAAGGCAUUUAGAAGAUGGAGACAUUGUCCUCUUCAACAGACAACCAAGCUUGCAUAGAAUGUCAAUUAUGUCACACAGGGCAAGGAUAAUGCCCUGGAGAACAUUGCGAUUUAAUGAGUCUGUUUGUAACCCUUAUAAUGCUGAUUUUGAUGGAGAUGAGAUGAAUUUGCAUGUCCCACAGACAGAGGAAGCUCGUACUGAAGCAUUUAUGCUUAUGGGGGUUCAGAAUAAUCUAUGUACCCCUAAGAAUGGAGAAAUACUGGUUGCUUCCACACAAGACUUUUUGACCUCGUCUUUUCUUGUCACAAGGAAAGAUACCUUCUAUGACAGGUCUUAUUUUACUCUCUUGUGUUCAUAUCUUGGUGAUGCAAUGGAAAAUAUUGAUCUCCCAACACCAGCCUUAAUUAAGCCUAUUGAGCUUUGGACUGGCAAGCAAUUAUUCAGUGUGUUAGUACGUCCUAACGUGUGUACAAAGGUGUUUCUGAAUCUUACCGUUGAAGAGAAAAUUUACAUGAAACUUAAAGAACGUGACAAAAAGGCGAUUACAGUUUUGGAAGAGACAAUGUGUCCGAAUGAUGGUUUUGUCUAUUUCCAAAACAGUGAGCUUUUAUGUGGGCAAGUUGGCAAGAAAACUUUGGGUAAUGGGAAUAACGAGGGCAUGUUCUCUGUUCUUAUAAGAGAUUAUAAUUCUCAUGCUGCAGCGAGCUGUAUGAACCGUUUGGCAAAGUUUAGUGCAAGAUUUAUAGGGAAUCAUGGUUUCUCAAUUGGUGUGGAUGAUGUCCAACCAGGAGAAAGUUUAAAUCAGAAAAAGAAAAUAACAAUAGAUGAAGGGUAUCAAAAAUGUCAUGAGCUUAUUGCCCUAUAUUCCAAAGGUGACCUCAUACCGCAACCUGGUUGCAACAGAGCUCAAACACUGGAGUCUCAGAUAUCUUGCGUUCUAAAUAAGUUAAGAGAAACGGCCGGAGAUGAUUGUAUGAGUACGCUUCACUGGAGGAACAGCCCAUUGAUUAUGUCUCAGUGUGGAUCUAAAGGUUCUCCAAUCAAUAUUAGUCAGAUGGUCGUAUGUGUUGGACAACAAUCAGUUGGAGGACGCCGUGCCCCAAACGGUUUUAUAGAUCGAACACUUCCCCACUUUCCUAUUAAUUCAAAGACCCCUGCGGCGAAAGGUUUUGUUGCUAAUUCCUUCUAUACGGGUUUGACUGCCACUGAGUUUUUCUUCCAUACGAUGGGUGGACGAGAAGGUCUUGUUGACACAGCGGUCAAAACAGCAGAAACUGGAUAUAUGUCCCGCAGACUAAUGAAGGGUCUUGAAGAUCUCUCAGUUUUCUAUGAUCAGACUGUCCGUAACGCUAGCGGCGGUAUUGUUCAGUUUGUCUAUGGAGAUGAUGGUUUGGAUCCUGUAAAGAUGGAAGGAAAAGGUGGCCAUCCCUUAAAUUUGGACCAAUUGUUUAUGAAAGUCAUGGCCACAUGUCCGCAAAAGGGACAUGACAUGUUAUCUCCAGAGUUAAUCUUGCAAAUGUUUAAUGAUAAGCUCUCCGGACAAGAUGCCUCAUCUGGUGGUUGCAGCAAUAAGUUCAAGGAGAUGUUAACAAAAUUCUUUGAGGACCGCAUCAAAAUGCUUAGAAGCACAAGGAGAGCACUUCAACUAGAUGAAGAUCGUGUGGGAAAGAGGGACUCUAGCAUUGAAGAACGCGUUGCUGCUGAUAUUUCUGGCAUAUCCGCGAAACAACUGCAGGUUUUCUUGGACACUUGCUUAUCUCGUUAUCACUCAAAAAUAAUCGAAGCAGGAGCAUCAAUUGGGGCAAUUGGGGCACAGAGUAUUGGAGAGCCUGGGACCCAAAUGACAUUGAAAACCUUCCAUUUUGCAGGAGUAGCUAGCAUGAAUGUUACUCUUGGAGUUCCCCGCAUUAAGGAAAUCAUCAAUGCUGUUAAAAAGAUAAGCACACCAAUUAUCACUACAGAACUUUUGUCUGAGAAGGAUGAGUUGUUUGCAGCCAAAGUGAAAUGUUCUAUUGAGAAAGUAGUGCUGGGUGAGGUGGCAGCAUCCAUAAAGAUUGUCUUAAAAUCAAACCAGCCAUAUUUGGUUGUUGAACUCGAUAUGCAGCGCACAGAAGGGUACAUGGGAAUCUCUUCUGACACUGUGCAUCUGUCAAUACUAAAUGAUCCAAAAAUAAAGUUAAAGUCUGAGCAUGUUCGUGUCAUCGAUGAAGCCAAGUUGAGAAUAUAUCCAACUGGAACAGAUAAGUCCAAACUUCAGCUUGAGCUGCACAAUCUCAAAUCGAUGCUUCCAAAACUGAUUGUGAAGGGCAUUCCAACUGUUGAAAGAGCUGUUGUCAACCCUAUUUUAAGACGCGAUGGAACUUUCGACAGAUACAACCUGUUGGUUGAAGGAACAAACCUCAUGAAAGUUUUGGGUACUCCUGGAGUUGAUGCUAAGAGAACAAAAAGUAACCACAUCUUGGAAGUGAACAAAACACUUGGAAUUGAAGCUGCAAGAAGAUCUAUCAUUGAUGAAAUUCGGUAUACCUUUGAAAAUAACAACAUGAUGAUUGAUCUGAGACAUAUGAUGCUUCUGGCAGACCUGAUGUCAUACAAGGGCGAAAUUUUGGGCAUCACGGCUGGCGGCAUCGCGAAGAUGAAAAGCAGCGUGCUGAUGCUGUCUUCAUUCGAGAGAGCUUCGGAGCAUCUCUUCAACGCUUCGUACGCUGGACGCGAGGAUCAGAUAGAGGGAGUUAGUGAAUGCAUCAUCAUGGGCAUACCCAUGCAACUCGGCACUGGUAUCCUCAAAGUCAGGCAAAGGCUCCAGGAUUUGCCUGAAUUCAAGUACCAGCCUGAUCCAAUUAUACUGUGA